GGGACCGCCAGGACUGGGGCACCGGCAGGAGCGCGAUGGCCCGGAAGAUGAGCGUGGACCAGCUGGAGGACCAGCUGCAGUGCCCCAUCUGCCUGGAGCUCUUCAAGGAGCCCCUGAUGAUGCAGUGCGGCCACUCCCUGUGCAAGUCCUGCAUGCUGCUGGCCACCUCGGGCGACCUGGCGCGGCCGUUCCUCUGCCCCGUGUGCCGGACGCCUGUGGACUGCAGCAGCUCCCCGCACAACGUCGACCUGGACCGCAUCAUCCGUCUGCUGGUGCGCAACGCGGACAGCCCCGAUCCGAACGAGGAGACCUGCCCCCUCCACCGCGACACCCUCAAGCACUUCUGCGAGCAAGACCGGGAGGUGAUCUGCGGGUCCUGCUGCAUUUUUGGCGACCACCAGCACCACAAGGUCGUCCCCGUUCCCACCGUCUACAGCCAGAUGAAGGAGGAGCUCUCCGUGCUGAUGACCAAGAUGCAGCUCCAGGAGCGGGGGCUGGAGGAGCACGUCAGCAAGCUGGGAAACAACAGGACACGCAUCAUGAACGAGUCGGAUGUCUUCAAAUGGGUGAUCCGGAAGCAGUUCCAGGACCUGCACAGGUACAUCGACGAAGAGAUGGCCAGGUUCGUGGAGUGGAUCGAAAGGGACACCGCUCAACUUGUCGCCUCCAUCGAGGUCCAGGUGAAGCAGACGGCCGACACCCUGCAGAAGCUGAAGGAGCUGGAGAGCUACCUGCACAAACUCAGCGAUGAAGGCCAGCUGGGUUUCAUCCGGAAAUACGGAUCUCUUCCAUCCAGGUCUGAGCUCCUGCGGCAGCACCCGGCCGGAGGCCUCUUCAGCCCCGCCGUCUCCUUUAAGACGGGCUUCCACCAAGACGACGUCAAGAUGAUGGUGUGGAAGCGUCUGCUACGCAAGGUCCUCCCAGCUCCAGAGGCGCUGACGCUGGACCCCGCGAGCGCCCACCCCGUGCUGCAGCUGUCCAAGGGCAACACGGUGGUGCAGUGCGGCCUGCACUUCCAGCGGCGGGACAGCAACCCCGACCGCAACCCGGACCGCUUUGACUACAGCCCCUGCGUGUUGGCCCAGCAGGGCUUCUCCUGGGGGAAGCACUACUGGGAGGUGAUCGUGGGCCCCAAGAGCCACUGGCGCCUGGGCCUGGCCAAGGGCACGGUCAGCCGCAAGGGCAAGCUCAGCAAGGGCCCCGAGCACGGCGUGUGGCUCGUGGGCCUCAAGGAGGGCAAGGUCUACGAGGCCUUCAGCAGCCCCCGCGUGGCGCUGCCGCUGUCGGCCCAGCCCCGGCGCGUCGGGGUCUUCCUGCACUACGAGAAGGGCGAGCUGACCUUCUACAACGCCGACAGCCCGGACGAGCUGGUGCCCAUCUACACCUUCCAGGCCGAGUUCCAGGGCAAGCUGUACCCCAUCCUGGACAUGUGCUGGCACGAGCGGGGCACCAACACCUUGCCCCUGAUACUGCCCACGCCCACCAUGCAGCAGGCCGAAGAGGAGGGCGGGGCGAGCCAGGAGCCCACCAAGUUAUAGUGGGGAGGAGUUCCCCUGGCUGACUGUCCCGCAGCUCCCCACGGCUGUUCACGGGGCCCACAGGUGCAGGCCC